AUGCACGUUCCUUAUGGAAAGAGUAUUUUCUUCCCAAUUAUUAAUGUUGAAAAUCUUGGAAUUGAGACUUGUGACUUUAUCAAGAAUGUACCAGGAUUAGUCAAAGGAACAGAUCACUAUAAUUUGGCAUGUGUCAUUGUUUCCAUGAAUUUGGUGGAAUCCUUGUCUUUGGAAAUUAAUGGAAAAAAGUUUAACAAGGAGGAUUUAACAAGACAUCGUGUUAUUUCUAAAAAGUACAAGGUAACUCCUGCAGAAGGAAAUAUAUUUGGUCACCCAAGCGUCAGAACCAUUGCAAGAGCAGAUGGUUGGUGGGUCAUGUUGGAAAAUUUAAAACCUGGAGUGUAUCAUAUUGAGUUUUCUGGUGAAAUUCCAAACAUUUUUAAAUUGAGAACUAAAUACAUCUUGACCGUGGCCAAGAAAAAGUGA